AUGGAAUCUGAUCAUGAUAAUUUCUAUCUCUCAGAUACUUCAGAGUCUGACAUGGAUAUGCCUCUGCACUCUUCCCCCAUGGCUCAGUCUCCCUUGAGUGUUGCAUCUCCUGGGAAUGGUAGGAUGGAGUCACCUCUGAAUUUUGAGGCCCCAGAGUCCCAGCAUUUGGAGAACGCUUCUUUCGAGCCUGAGUCUGAGUCCGAUGAAGCUCAUUUAUCCCCGUCACCUUUGACUUUCCAGCCGCUACUGAUGGUAGAAACACCAGGUGUCGGCGACACGGAUGGUUCAGGGUUACAGUUGUCUCUUGAUACAUUUUCGGCAUUCGAGACUGGCUCUUUCUAUGAGGAGACUGGCUUACCAGCUCUUCCGUCGUUCCCUUCUGAUCCAGAUCCAGAUUUCCAACCUAUCGGCGAGAAUGAAACAGGUCAUAUACUGGCGCUAUCGCCUCAACUUGCCUCUAUACCCGAAGAAACCGGAUGUGGUGCGACACAAAUUUCAUCGUUCCUACAGUUGACCCCAGUCUCCACAAGCACACAUUCAUGGCUCUCACAGGUCGAGCAUGGUGAGGAUGAAGGCAGUAUGUUAUCAGUCCCGACGGAGCAAGUUUCUGGUCCAACAAUCUCGAUCUCGGGUGAAGCCAGUGGUUCCCACCCACUAUCGUCACCUCGAAUUCUGUCGGCAGUCCCAUCGUCCGGGUCUUUACUGUCUGGGUCCGAGUCUCAGCCAACUACACCGGAGGUGGAAGUGGAAACAGACGACUCUGAGAAUAUAUCUGAUGAAGCAUCCACGCAUGAAGGGGGAAGCUCCGUGUUCGACGAUGAAUAUUUCUCCGACACGUCCAGUCACACGGCCUCCCUACUUUCAGACGUGAAAGACUACUCAUACGAGAACGGCCGACGGUACCACUCCUACCGCGAAGGCCAUUACGUUCUGCCGAACGACGAUCAAGAACAAGACCGCCAGGAUCUACUUCACCACGUUCGCAAUCUCGUUCUCAGCGGGGCCCUCUUCCGUGCCCCAAUCAACCAAAACCUCCAACGUGCCCUGGACAUAGGAACCGGCACAGGCAUCUGGGCCAUCGAUUUCGCCGACAGCUACCCCAGCGCCGAGGUCAUGGGCACCGACCUCAGCCCGAUCCAGCCAUCCUGGGUGCCCCCAAACCUUCGGUUCCACGUCGACGACGCCGAGUCGCCCUGGCUGUUCAGCGCCAACCGGCCCUUUGACUUCAUCCACGCCCGCGAUCUCGGCGGGGCCAUCGCCGACUGGCCGCGGUUGUUGCUUCAGGCCCACGAGCAUUUGCGACCAGGUGGUUGGGUCGAAUUGCAGGAGUUUGAGGUUACGUUGAGGUCGGAUGACGACUCCAUGCCUCUGGCGCCGAUGUUGUGCGAAUUCCUCGGCCGGCUGCAUGAGGCUAGUGAGGCGUUCCACCGGCCUAUGAAUAUCGCUGAGGGACACGGGCAGCGGUUGGUGGAGGCUGGUUUCGAAGAUGUCAGGGAUGAGGUGUACAAGGUCCCGUCUAGCGAGUGGCCUACGGAUCCCAUACAAAAGCAAAUUGGCCGAUACAAUCUGUGUUCCCUGUUGAUGGCCGUGGAAUCCUACUCGCUGGCACUGUUUACGCGUGUCUUGGGAUGGUCCAAUCUGCAAACUCAGGUCUUCCUGGCUGGUGUGCGUAGAGACCUGAAAAAUCCUGACGUCCACACCUAUUGCAAUCUGCAUAUCGUAUACGGUCAGAAGCCGGAACAUGCUUAUCAUACCUCCGGUUAG